AGCUUCGGCGAUACGAGAGUUCCGCCCCCCGGCGGGGCCGUCCCCCGGGCCCCGCCUCAGCCCCGGCCCCGCGCUUUCCGCGUCCGGCCCGGCCCGGCAGCACCGCCUCUCGGACGCCGGCGCGGCUAUGGCGGCGACCGGCAGCGCGGGGAGCGUGAGCGACGGCUCCGCGCUGUGGACCGAGAUGCGGGCGCUGCUGCCCCGCACCGAGCAGGAGUUGACCUUGGCGCUGAGCGGCGAGGUGGAGGACUGCAUCCUGCCGCUGCUGCGGCGGGCCCGCGCGCUGCUCUACGGCGCGGCGGGCCGGCCCGGGGCGGAGGCGGCAGCGGCGCUGGAGCGCCUCGGCGACGUCCUGCGCGACUACUCUUGGGAGAAGCUGAACGCGGGGCCGUGGAGGGAGGUCGGCAAGGGCUGGCGCCAGGUCUACGCCUACGGCUGCCUCUUCGGGGCGCUGGCCGAGGUGGCCGCGGGCCGCCCGCUAGCGCGCGCCGUGCGGCUUUGCGACCUGGGGCUGCUCCUGGGCGCCGCCGUCCUGGAUAACGUCCUGGCGCGCCUGGUGCGCGCGCUGCAGCCGCUCCUGCCCCGCGCGGUGCCGCGCGACGGAGCCCGCGCCGAGAGGGUCCGGCCGCAGCCGCCGCCGCCCCCCGCGGUACAGCCGGAGGAGGUGAUUCCGCACCUUCAGUGUCCUUCGCUGGAGCACUUCAGAGACAACUACCUCAUUCCCCAGCGGCCUGUGGUCCUGGAGGGCGUCAUGGACCACUGGCCGUGUAUGAAGAAGUGGAGUGUGGACUAUUUUUGUCAAGUCGCAGGGUGCCGCACAGUCCCUGUGGAGUUGGGUGCUCGGUACACAGACGAGGAAUGGUCUCAGCAGCUCAUGACUGUCAGUGACUUCAUCAGCCAGUGUAUCAUGGAUGAGAACAACGUAGGAUACCUUGCCCAGCACCAGCUUUUUGAUCAGAUCCCAGAACUGAAAGAAGAUAUCAGUAUCCCUGACUACUGCUGCUUGGGGGAAGGGGAAGAAGAUGACAUCACCAUUAAUGCUUGGUUUGGUCCAGGAGGCACAAUCUCACCUCUUCAUCAGGAUCCCCAGCAAAAUUUUUUAGCCCAGGUAUUUGGAAGAAAGUAUAUCCGUCUCUCUUCACCACAACAUUCAGAAAACCUGUACCCACAUGAGAGCCAAAUUCUUCACAACACUAGUCAGGUCGAUGUGGAAGAUCCAGACUUGACCAAGUUUCCAAAUUUCACAAAGGCUGCAUUUCAGUCCUGCAUUCUGAUGCCUGGACAGAUUCUGUUUAUUCCUGUUAAAUAUUGGCACUACGUGCGAUCACUUGAGCUCAGCUUCUCUGUUAGUUUCUGGUGGUCAUAGCUCUGAAAUGUAGUCAGCCACACUGAAACGGGAAUUAAAAAUCAGGGAAGCAGCAACUCUCUCAGGAGAGCUUAGAGGUGGAGCAAAAUCAAAAACCAACAAACUCUUGCUAAAGCAUGGAAAAGGAGUCACGAUGGGUAAGCGGAAAGAUGAUGCUGUAGCCACUUCAUUUUUGUAGAUGUUUCUAGUAACACCUAAAGAGCAUGUGUUAGGUCAUUAUCCUGUGUGUGCACCCCUCAGAAACAGCCUGUGUACAGGCACUGCCAGGGCUCUGCCUGAGCCUCUGUCUGAAAAACCAGGUCAGUGUUAUCUUCUACUUGGAUUUAGCAACACUAAACCCUGGAGUUAGCUAGAGAAAUGGUGCUACCUAGAGGUUAAAUACAUUAAAAAAUUAGGCUAACACCAAGCAAGGUACUAGUUUCCUGCAUGGAAGAAGUUACUCAUGUCCUGGUUCUGGCCAGGACAGGGUUAAUUUUUGCAGUAUCUGGCCCAGACCCAGAGGUUAUUCUGUACCACCUCAGCCAGCCACUGCUGUGGGCCAGGGGCUGGAAGGGGCUCCUUGGUCUCUUAAUGAUUGAGUUACACUUUCGUGUGAAUCUUUUGUCUCUCUUGUACACUUUGUUAUUGUUGCUAUUACUGCUCAUUUUCUUAUUCCAUUGCUGUUUCCAGUAAAUUGUUCUUUUUGCAA